AUUGUUCAUGACUGGUGACCAGCAUUUGGAGUUGUGGAUUGUUUUCACCUAUUUUGUUGUGGAUUACUGUGUUCUGUUUUUGGACUGCCAACCACAUCUCAAGUCACCUACAAGUGAAGUCAUCGUGCCUCAUCUGCUCCUUUUAAGCCGGCAUUUUUGAGAGGGAGGUCCCUGCAAAGCGUAUACAAACACUCAGUCAAGCAUCCACAGUCACCCCACACACUGCACUUGUAGCCAGCAGAGAACUGACCUAUACCUUCGCACAGAACAGGAAGUUGAAGUGACCUGACGUCAAGAUGGCAACAAAGGGAGUCGGCAUGGCUAACAAAGGUCCAUCCUACGGCAUGAGCCGGCAGGUUCAGGAUAAGAUCGACAGCAAGUAUGACCCUGAGCUGGAGCAGAUCCUGGUGGAGUGGAUUAGCCGUCAGUGUGGCUCUGGUGUGGGAAAGCCAGAGGCAGGCAAAAUAGGCUUCCAGACCUGGCUGAAAGACGGAUGUGUUCUGAGCGAACUGAUCAACAGUCUGUUCGCCGGAGAGAAACCCGUGAAGAAGAUCCAGAGCUCACCCAUGGCCUUCAAACAGAUGGAGCAGAUCUCUCAGUUCCUCAAUGCUGCUGAGAAGUACGGCGUCACGAAGACGGACAUGUUCCAGACUGUGGACCUUUGGGAAGGUAAGGACCUGGCGGCAGUGCAGAGGACCCUGUCAGCUCUGGGUAGCUUGGCCAUCACUAAGGAUGAAGGCACAUACAAUGGAGAUCCUAACUGGUUCUUCAAGAAAGCAAUGGAAAACAAGCGAGACUUCACAGACGACCAGCUGAAGGCGGGUAAAAAUGUUAUUGGUCUUCAGAUGGGGUCCAAUAAGGGAGCCAGUCAGGAGGGCAUGAGCUACGGAAGAGCCCGACAGAUCCUGUAAAAUCACUGAGCCACAGAACCCCUCAGCCCCUUACACCUUUGAGCCUGUAAGCGUUUAACCGGUCCACUAAAACGCCCCUUUCAUCUUAAUGUUUUCUGCUUUACAAUUUAGUUACUUUCCAGUACCCCCUACUUCCUGGUCUUGGUACUUGCCCUGAAUCCCUUAUGUAGAUGCUUUCACUGGUGACCAUCGCAGAGCUCACCAUGCUUAGUCCUUCCCACUGCAGUUAGGACCAGUACAACUGAAUGUUUGUAGUCUUAAAGCGGAAAUAUUAACCAUAAAAAUGACCAAAAUGUUGCCUUAAAGAGGAAAAAAACACCAAGAUGACCACGUGCCAAAGUCAAGCUGUUCCUUCUUUCUACAAGGUUUAACAAACAGCACUCAUAUUAUAGAUAACUGUCCAGUUUCAUCUGGCAAGUUUUCAUCAAUGCUACGCCUGCUGUAUCAGCGCCAAUAUUUUUGUACAUUGUCUUAUUAAAUAAUGACUUUGAAAUAAAUCUCUGAAUUGA